AAGGCCCUCGAGCUGAUGCUCUCGGUGCCGAGCCGGGCGGCCAACAACAGGUUUCUCGAGAAUAUCGAAGGAUUCAGAGGCAACCUGCAAAAGCUUGGCCGUGUCCUAGCGCACGAGUACUUUGGCGUCCGGGACAGGGAGAACAAGAUCAAGGAGCGCUACCUGUUUCUCUUCAAGUCGCGCAUCCUGAUCACCAAGGCGAAGCGGCUGUCGGACGACCGGUCGAUCUUCAUCCUCAAGGACAUCGUGCGCCUGCCGGACUGCGCACUGAAGGAGAUCGACGCGCGGGCCUUCGAGCUCCAACCGAAGUCCAAGGGCGAUCCGGUCCAUCUGAUCGCGUACUCGGAGGAAGCGAAGCAACGCUGGAUCUACGAGAUCGAGGAGUACGCUAGCAACGCCGUCGCCCUGCAGGAGCACUCCAACGACGAUCUGCGCAUCGAUCCGACGCAGACGAACAUUGACGACACCAUCAUCAAGCUGCCGCAGCGCAUCGAAGCGCACAAGACCGACGAGAACAUCCGGCCGUCGGACAUCGCGGACAACUACGUCGUGUUCAAGCACAAAACGAGCCGCGACGAGUCGCACCAAGCGCUCCAGAAGAUCCAGUACCUGCAGCAGCAACAGCAGCAGCACCUACCGCUAGCGGACCAAGGAGUGGAGCCGGCGGACGAGGAAGAAAAAUCCGCCUCCGUCCAGGAACGUUUGGCGGCGUUCGAAGUGAAAAAGUCCGGCAAGAAGCUCGACCUAACGCACACGAAGCAGGAGAGCAGCAGCUCCGCCACAGUGCAAUCCCACGAGGUGGUACAGCAAAAGUCCUCGACGUCGACGACCGCUUCGGUUAGCGUCGUGAAGCAACAGGAGGUGCAGGAAUCGCAUCGGACCACCGCGGUCAAGCGCCAGCAAGAGGUGCAGCUCGAAAGCGUCUCGAAGAGCAGCAAGGUGCGCGUCGAAUCGUCCACCUCGUCCACCUCGGAAUCGCUGUCCGUCGCGACGGAAACAGCGGCCGAUACCCAACAACAACUCCUCGAUCAGCAGACCAAAAUCAAGCAGAUCGAAUCCAAGUACGCCGCGCUCAAGCAGAAGCAGCUCGAGCAGAAAUCGGACAUCGUAGACGCCAAGUUCCAGAUUGUGGAGUCGAAGUUUGCGGCGCUCAAACAGAAGCAGGAGAAGCUUCUGCACGAACAGCACACUCAAGCGAGUUCCGCGACCGUCCAGCAGCAGCAGCAGCAGCAACAGACGAGCAGUGUGCAGCAAAUCGAGGCAAAGUACGCGGCCCAAAAACAGGAAGCGGCUCGACAGGAAAGCACCGUAACGCAGAGCAGCGAGGCCGUGUCGAAGAUACAGCAGAUCGAAUCGAAGUACGCUGCGCGAAAGUCGUCUCUCACGUCGUCUGCGGAAGAGUCGGUGAAGCAGACCGAAACCCAGCAGACAGUAGCCGUUCAACCAUCGCAGCAGCAAUCCGUAACCGAGGAACCGCUCACGAAACUUCAGCAGCUCGAGUCGAAGUACCAUGCGCACAUCAAGCAGGCCAAGGAGUUGGUAAAAGAGUGUGCCGAAGUAGCGCCAUCUGGCGACGAAACGAAACCGGCCGCCACACCGGACACGCCACCGGUGGAGGCACUGUCAAAGAUUCAGCAGAUCGAAUCCAAGUAUGCCGCUCUGAAAGCACGUCAACAGCAACAACUCCAAGAAAUCCAACAAGUGGAAGUAAAAUCAGCGGAAGCGACCGUUGUCUCGGUACAGUCGCAGCAGGACCAAACGACGUCGACGACGGUGGCCAGCGACGAGCCACAGUCGAAGAUUGCACAGAUCGAAGCCAAGUACGCACUUCGCCGACAACAGUCUCAGCAGAAUCCCGACGAGGUAGCGACUAAGGUAGCUUCGACCGAAUCGAAGCUUCCGGUGGCCGUGAAGAAAGAAGAAAAGGUCGUCAGUAAGUCGGUGGAAGCGGAGGUAAAGAAGGAGCAAACGAUCGUCAGUAAGGGCUCCGAAUCGGUGACCGUUUCCAAAACAGCGCAGGUCACUGAAAAACAAAAAUCCGAACAGCUCACCAAGACCAGCGCGAAAGUUGCAGAGGCAUCCCAGCAGCCGCCGGAUACUAAGCCUGUGGCGGAAGCUAAAAAGAAGAUCCCCGAGCCUCUCAAACUACCCGACCCACCGGUAACUAAAGUCGACGAAAAGCGUCCCGAUUCUCCCAAGAAGUCGAAGGGCGGUAAGGGCCCGAAAUCUCCUUCGCCGAAGAAAACGGCGGAACCAUUCAAGGCCGCACAGGCACCGAAACCGGAGAGUCCAAAACAACAGGCAGUGUCGAAGCCCGCGGAAGUUGUCAAACCCAAAGAGCCGGAUAGUAAGCCAUCGAAGCCGAGCGAGCCUGUAUUACCAACCAAACGCGUGGAGACUCCUAAGGCUACUGUAGCAGAAAAAUCCACGGAACCAGUGAAACAAUCGCCAAAAGCAGCGGAGAUUAAAAAACCAGCAGAACCUGCAAAGACCGUAGAGCAGGCCAAACCUACUGAACCGGCAAAACCCAAGCCUGUCGAGCAACCGAAGCCUACUGUUGUAGCGAAACCUGCAGAAUCUCCUAAGCCGGUUGAGGCUCCAAAGGCGAAGGCAGAGCCAACCAAACCUACCGAACCAGCGAAGUCAGUAGACACUUCCAAGAGUGCGCCGGUGAAACCCGUUGAACAACCGAAGCCUACUGUUGCAGCGAAACCAGCAGAGACAACUAAGUCAACUGAGGCUCCAAAGGCGAAGGCAGAGAGUACGCCGGUGAAGCCUGUUGAACAACCGAAACCGGCUGAAGCAGUGAAACCAGCAGAGCCUCCUAAACCGAUCGAGACUCCAAAGACCGCGAAGGCCGCAGAACCCACCAAACCAACUGAACCGGUAAAACCCAAGACUACAGCGAAACCAGCAGAGACACCAAAGCCAGUUGAGACUCCGAAGACUGCGAAACCCACCGAAGAAACCAAGCCAACCGAACCAGCAAAGUCUGUAGACACAUCUAAGAGUGCGCCGGUGAAGCCUGUCGAGCAACCGAAGCAGGCAGUGACAGUUAAACCCGCUGAACCUGCGAAGCAGAUUCCCAAACCUGUGGACACUAAGAAGACCGCUGAGCCUGCCAAGGUCGUAGAACCGCCAAAAUCGGCUGAAGCUACUAGCAAACCAGCCGUACCUAGCAAAUCCACCGAGCAAUCGAAGCCUGUUCCGGCAGCAAAGCAACCACCGAAAGCAGCCGAGACUGUGAAGCUAGCAGAAUCGCCGAAGACCCCAGAAGCACCCAAAACUACCGUACCGUCGAAGCCUGCGGUGCCAGUAAAAGCGGAACCGACUGCCAAACCGGUCGAACCGGAGAAAAAAUCGCCAACUACCGCACCGAAAUCUCCGGAGCAACCGAAGGUUCCGGAACCGACCAAGAAAACGGUUGAACCGAAAGCCCCCGAGAAGAGCGCAGCUAUCGUGAAGCAGACCGAACCGGUCAAACAACCGGCGGUCGAGACACCGAAACCUAAGCCAGCCGAACCCAGCAAACCAUCGAAGGUUGAGCCUCCCAAGUCUUCCCAAAAAGUGAGCCCACCACCCAAGGAAACCGAGCCCAAACGGGCGGACGUAGGUAAGAAACCCGAGCCGGCCAAAAUCCCGGAACCGUCGGUUCCGAAGCCGGUGGACUCGGUGAAGGUCGAGGCCGAAAAGAAGACCGUGCCGGACGCUGCCAAGAAGGUUGAGACUGUCACGACAAAGAAAGCGGAUACCGCCCGUGCACCGGGCCACGGUACGCCCGACGAGGCGGUGUCCGACUCCGACUCCAACGAGGACCUCGAGUCCGUGGUGGAGCAAAAGUCCCGCGAGGAGGCGCUGAACCGCAAAAUCGAGGAGAUCUACGCCCGCGAGAAGGCGGCCCAGGCCGAAGCGCGCCGUUUCCGGGAGCUCGAGGAGCAGGAGAUUCGCCGCAAGUUCGAGCGGCGCGGGGUCCGUGAAAUCCAGCAGAUCAAGGAUACCGCUUCCGAGUUCCUGCAGCAGAUCGAGGCCACCAAGAGCUACGUGCAGUCGGUGUUGGAAACGACCACCGAACCCCGGCUCCCGCCAGUGACCAAGGCUAGUGCCACCUCGGGCGGGGACACCAACAACCCACCGCCGGCCGGCCAGGAUUCGGACAGUUCUGCGGCCCAACAAUCAUCGGGCACAGCGGAUCAACAGGCGCCACCACCGAAUCAGGGCCAAGAGGCAACCGGAGACGGUAACGGUGAGGACGAGGACCGGAAGCGCACUCCGGCGCCCCUACAGCUGCCGACGUUUUUCGACCCUCCGCCACCGCCCGUCUACCAGGCGACGAUCGAGGUGUUCAUCAAAAAGGAGCGUCCACCGCCGCCACCCCCACCGAAGAUCACCCGCAAGCUGGUGGUCAACACGGACGAGCUCGAGCGCAAGACGCAGGCGUUCUUCGACGGCGAAAUCAACGAACCCGAUCCGGACUUUUCGAUCGCGGCCGCCCACCGGAAGCUGAAGGGCAUCAAGAGCAUCUGCAAGAAGGCGGACGAAACGGUGCUGUACGCGGAGGACACCAUCAUCAAGGCCGAACAGGGCGAGUUCGACGCGAUCGUCAUCCCGGAACCGGAGGAGGACAAGCGACCGCGGGAACCGGCCUACGAGUACCAGUACACGGUGGAGGAUCCUGUGACGGGCACGAAAGUGUGUACGGCCGACCCGAACGUGGUGCUGAUCGAGCGGGAGCUCCGAAUGGAGGACCAGUACGGGGGUGGGGCCGGGCGCCACUCCAAAUCCCACCGCGUGAAGGGCACCACCGAAGUGCAAGAGCGAGAGCUCGCGGCGAUCGAGACGAAACACGAGACCAAGAUGUCGUCGACCAAUACGAAGAAAAUCCGCGUCCCGACAAACAUUCGGCCGCACUUCGUCAAACCGAUCCGCGGUCUCAAUGUGGAGCCGGGUGACAAUGCCAAGUUUAGCGUCCAGGUGGAUGAACACUCCACGAUGCAGUGGCUGAAGGACAACAAACCGAUGGACGACCGGCUGGCGGAUCGCGUGAUCACACGCGAGACCGACGAUCUGUCGUACACGCUCGAGGUGCAGCACUGUCGCGAGGAGGACAGCGGCAUCUACACGGCGCGUGCCAUCAACGGUACCGAGAGUGCGUCCUGUACCGCCCAACUGAUCGUCGAGGCGCUGACAUCCGAGCAGCGUAAGGCACUGUCGCAGUCCAACUCGCCGGUCUUUAGCGUCCAGCUGAAGGACACGGAGGUGAUCGAGAAAACCUACCUCACGUUCAUGGUGAAGGUGAAGGGCGAUCCGGAUCCGAAAGUUCGAUUCUGCAAGGAUGAUAAGGAAAUCCUGGACACGGACAAGCGCAUGAAGAUCAAGCGCGAUCACGCCGAGACCGGCUUCUACGAGCUGGUGAUCCCGGAGGUCCACAAGGGCGAUUGUGGCGUGUACUCGUGCACUGCCUGGAACAAAUUCGGUACGACCACGACCAAGGCGCAGCUGCUGGUGGCGGAUCAGCUCGAUCUGUUCUCCGAGCUCGACCACCUGGACGACAAGAGCAAGUUCGUGUGGAAGAAGAACGGGGCCGCGUUCGAUCCGGAGGAGCGCUUCAAGGUGCUGAUGGCGGAUGAUUCCGACUCGCUGGCACUUGUCUUCCAGCACGUGCGACCGGAGGAUGCUGGACUCUACACCUGUGUUGCCGCGACCGCCUCGGGUAACAUCCAGUGUAGCGCUGAACUGACGGUUCAGGGGCAAGUGAACCAGCUGAUGCAGGAACCAUCCAAGCCGCACCUGGAGAUCGAGUCGAAGGAAGCGCUGGCCCGGAUCGGUGGCAAGGCGCUGCUAGAGAUGAAGGUCCGCGGCUACCCGAAGCCCGAGAUCGUGUGGCGCCACGAGGGUACGAUCAUCGAACCGGGCGGUCGCUACAAGUUCCUCUACGAGGACGCCGAAUCCGUGUCGCUCGUGAUCAAGGACGUGCAGGCUUCCGAUGCCGGCGCAUACUCAAUCGUGGCCCAGAACGAGCUCGGCGAGGACUCGACCUUUAUCAAUCUGGUCGUGAAGACGCCACCGUCGAUCACGAAACCGCACGACAUGUCGGCGAUGGUGAAGGAACCGUACAAGAUGUCGAUCGAGGUGACCGCUGUUCCGGCGGCCACCGUCCGCUUCUUCCGCAAUGGCAAGGAGAUCCACGAGGAUGACCGCAUCAAGUUCCUGACCGCCGAGAGCUACCACAUCAUCAAGUUUAGCCAAACCAUCCUGGAGGACGCCGGCAACUACUCGAUAAUUGCGAUGAACGAGAUCAGCCAGGCGUCCGAGUUCUGGGAGUUUACGAUCAACUCGCCACCGCGCACCACGCUGAAGCUGCAGGAGGAAACGAUCGUGAACGAGAAGGAGGACAUUGAGUUGAUCGUGAAGGCGGAAAGUAAUCCGGCACCGAUCGUGCGCUGGUACAAGGAUGGGCACGAGGUGGUGGCCGACGGUAAGCGCAUCAUCAUCGUGGCCGAUGACGGGCGUUACGUGCUGAAGAUUCACGCCGCCAACCGGGACGAUACGGCGCUGUACACGGCCGACAUCAUCAACGAUUACGGCACGGUCACGGAGAAGUCGCAGGUGAGCGUGAACACCAAGUCGAAGGUGCGCGAACAGCUGACCACCGUGACGUGCACGGAAGGUGACACGAACGUGCUGCUGGAGCUGAAGGCCGACGGUUACCCGCGCCCGAAGGUCCAGUGGUACAUCGAUGAUGUGGAAAUCACGGAGUCUCGCAACGAGUACAAGCUGCAGGAGGAUGGCCUCUACUAUCAGUUGGUGCUGAAGGAGGCGAAGCCCGAGAUGCAGGGUGUGUACAAGGCGCGGGUCACCAACGAGCACGGUACGGACGAGUCGAGCGCCAAGACGAUCGUCCAGUGUUCGCCGAAGGUCCGCAAACCGCUCGUCGACACGGACGUGGACGAGAACACGACGCUCACGCUCGAGGUCGAGAUCUACGCCGAGCCGGUGCCGGAAGUGACGUGGUUCAAGAAUGGCCAACCGAUCCAAACCGAUGCCCGGCUGACGAUCAAGCGUGAUUCGCAGCGCAUCGAGAACUACACGCUCUCGCUGACGAUGGUGCGCGGCGCGGACUCGGGAGACUACGAGGUGAGGGCCGUCAACUCGAUCGGAACCGCCACGACCAAAGGACGCGUCGUCGUGCAAAAGGCCCUCGUAGCGAGCCCCGGCGAGAACGCGGAAGCUCACCGAAUGAUCAGUGAGUGUAUGAAGAUCGGUCAGCAUGGUGAAACGGUCAUGAUCGCGGUUUGUACGGAGGAAAGCCACGCGGCCAUAGUGACAGGCCCCGAAGAGUCACACUCCGUGCACCAGAUGCGCGCCACAACGGUAAUCUUCGAGGAGGACGGCGGAUCACCGUUCGAGGAGGUCAUGCAGAAGAUCAUCUACCCGACCAAGCCCCACAUUUCGUCCUGCCAGGUCGAGGAGAUCGAUACGGUCACGUUUGCGUCGCCCGAACAGAAGCUACGCCAGCAGUCACUCGUCGAGUCCCUGUCCGCCUCCACCCGGACCGUGAUCGAAGAGAUCGAGUCCGACGGUGAGCUAACGGCCAGGGGCAAAUUGUCUCGCGGUGUGUCCAUCACCUCGGCCUCAGAAGAUGAACAGUUUUCGCGUCAAAACAGCCAGCAACCGCAGGUUGACGAACUUCCCCAAGAGCAACCAAGCAGGGGGCGGCUACUUGAAACGGCCGGAUCGAUCGAGGAAGGGCGACCGAAGAAGGGAUCGAUCGAGAAAAAGGUUUCAUUCGAAGAAGACCUGCCCCAACGGGGACGGGCUGCGGAGCGGCAGCUGGUGGGUGAGGUAGACGCAGUCACUGCUGUGGCCGAGCCGGUACGGGAGGAGAUCAUCGCAGCAGAGGCCGCCGGCCGAUCGCUCGUGAAGGAACCGGUGGAAGUCAAGGCUUCGGUCGAAGCCCAGAAGGCGGUAGAACGGGAACCGAAUGAAUCGGCACGCCCAGAAGCAUCGCCGGAGAUUCUGAAGACCGAUAUCGCCGACGUGACGACGUUCGACUCGCUGCCACUGGUCUGGAGCGUGGAGGCCGACGGUAUCCCGCGGCCGGAAGUGUCCUGGUACCACAACGAUGAGCUGGUGAAGGCUACCGACCGUAUCCGCAUCACCGAUUCCGGUACGAGCUACAAGAUCGAGAACCGCGACGUGAAGGAAGCGGAUGCCGGUGAAUGGAAGGCGGUGGUGAAGAAUCGUAUCGGCGAAAAGUCGCUGCCCGCCAAGCUGACCGUUAUUCCUUGCAAGGAGUAUCGCCGCCCCAAGUUCGUGAAGGGCCUGGAGAGUAUCGCGGUGCACAAGAACGAACCGGUCACGCUCUCGGUCACCCUCACGUCGGACCCGGAACCCGAGUACAGCUGGCUCCAGAACGGUGUCGAGGUGGCGGCUGACGAUUUCGUGCAGAUGAAAACGGAAAUUAAGGAGCUGGAGCACAACCUGAAGCAGAUCACGUACACGCUGCAUAUCGCGCAGGCGCGCCACUACGACACCGGGGACUACACGUUCCGGGCGAAGAACAAGUACGACAUUAACGAAUCGAACGGCCGGCUGGACGUGCUGCUGAAGCCGGAGUUUGAGAACUUCCACGACACGACGGUGCUGCCGUUCACGCAGGGCGUCUUCCAGGUGCUGGUGAAGGCGAACCCGAAGCCGAAGGUCACCUGGACGAAGGAUGGGCUGAACCUGUGCAACAACGAUAACUGCGACGUGAUCUCCGAUAUCGAGAAGGAAAUCUACACGUUGGUGAUCGAGUCUUGCGCACUGGCCGAACACGGCACCUACACGCUGACGGCUACGAACGCCCACGGUGAAACGGUGGCCACCGCGAACCUGAUCGUGCACACCGAGAAACCCAAGUUCACGAAGGAACCGGACUGUCUGACCGUUCACGAUUGGGCCGACGUGUACAACAAGGUGGAAGUGCAGGGUGUCCCACGUCCGGCCAUCCAGUGGCUGCACAACGGGACCCCACUCGAUGAGCACCAGAUCGACGAGGAGUCGCAGGAGCCAAAGAUCAAGAUCGUCACGCAGGGCGAUACCGAGGUGACGAGCGAGCUGUUUAUCAGCCACUUCGGCCCGGAGUUGCAGGGUGAAUACUCGUGCCUGGCGACCAGCAUCGGCGGAGAAACCGAGGCCAAGUUUACUGUGCAGGUGAAGAACGAGCAGCCCGUCUUCGGGAAGGGUCUCGAUCGCUCGAUCGACCUCGAGGAGGACGACAAGCUGGAACUGCGCUGCAUCGUCGACGGUAGCCCGCUGCCGAAGAUGACCUGGUACAAGGACUCGAACGAGAUCAAGGCGGACGAUCAUGUGAAGAUCACGUACGGACACGACGGUGUAUGCCGACUGUUGGUGGAAAACUGUCUGCCAGGGGACAGCGGCUGUUACAAGCUGGUGCUCUCGAACAAGAGCGGAGACGUGACCACACAGUGCUGCGUCGCAAUCACUCCCAAGCAAAAGGCGCCCGUGUUUAUUCGUCCUCUGCAGGAUCACCGACUAACGGUCGGGGACACGCUGCACAUGGAGGCGGAAAUUGCCGGAUUCCCGAUGCCGGAGGUACGCUGGUUCAAGGAUGGAUUACCGCUGCGGCAGACCCGAGGCAUCAACUUCAUCAACCAGCCGGACGGGUUGAUCGGAUUCAUCAUCGAUCGCGUCACGCCCGAGGAUGGCGGUAUCUACACGUGCGAGGUCCGCAACAAGAACGGGGAGGCCAAGUCGGCCUCCGUAACGGAGAUCGUGCCGAAGGGCAAGAAGCCUCAGUUUGUGGCCGAGCUAAUGGACGCCAACAUCGUCGAGGGUUUCCCGGUCAAGCUGGGCGUGAAGGUGAUCGGCUAUCCGACCCCUGCCCUGAAGUUCACCCACAACGGCACCCUGAUCACCGGCGAUCGGUAUCGGGUCGCGGACGAGGGUGAAGGAUACUUUACGCUUGCGCUCGACAAAACGAGUGGCACCGAUUGCGGAGAGUACCAGGCGAUCGCGAACAAUGAGCACGGUGAAACGAUCAGUGCUGCCACGGUAAGCAUCCUGCCGACGACGGAUCCGUCGCUUCCGGAAGAGCCACCGAGCUUCCUGGGUGGACUGCGUGAUAUUACGGCCGACGAGGGCAAAGAACUAACGUUCUCGGCCCGGUUCGCCGGUAACCCCGCGCCCGAAGUCAUCUGGACGAAGGACGGUGAGCCUCUGCAGCCGACUGGACGCGUGACGGUCACCUGUGACGGUCGGAGCGUCGGGCUGACGAUCGCACCGGCCGAAAUGUCCGACUCGGGCGAGUACGCGUGCCUGAUGGCGAACCCGCUGGGUGAAACGGAAACCCGUGCCUCGGCCAUCGUGCGCAAGGUGUUCCAGAAGCCGAACUUUGUGUAUCCCUUCGGUGACCUACAGCAGCUGCCCGGGCUGGAGGCUAAGUUCCCGGCCAAGCUGGUCGGUGUGCCACGGCCGGAGGUGCAGUGGUACAAGAAUGAAACCCCGAUCGGGCCCGAUGAUCGGUACAAGAUGAAGUACGAGGGUGAUUGCUGCUGUCUCUACAUCAAGGAGUGUGCCCCGGAGGACACGGGGUUGUACUCGUGCACCGCCACGAACCGCGAGGGUAGCAGCACCAUCGAGGCCAAGCUGGACGUCGUGACGAGAAUUGAAAAGCGUGACGAACCGACGCCACCGUCGUUCAUGAAGAAGAUCAACGAUCUGACGCUUCUGGAGGGUAUGAAGGCCAAGUUUACCGUCUGCGUCGACGGCUUCCCGAUGCCCACGGUCGAGUGGAUCCGGGACGGCCGGCGGUUAGUGCCGAGCGAGAAGUACCGCAUCGAGGCGGAGAAGAACGGACUGGCCCGGUUGAUCGUGGACGACGUGCAGGAGGAAGACCUGGGCCGAUACAGCUGCAAGGCGGUCAACAAUAUGGGUGACGCCAUCUGCCACGCGAACCUAAAGUUCGAACCGAUGGACUUCCGGCCGCGGCGCCGUUACGGCAAGGGCAAGGGCAAGGACCUACUGCACACGCCACCGUAUCCGCUCACGGAGAAACCGAUGAUUUCGAAGCUCUCCGAUCGUCGCCUGACCCUAUCGUGGCGUCCCUCGAUGACGACGGUUCCACGGUACCCGGUGACGUAUCAGCUGGAGCAGAUUGAACUGCCGGACGGUGAGUGGCACACGACCCGCUCCGGUAUCCGUGGGUGCUCCUGUGAGGUGCGCAACCUGGAACCGUUCCGCGAGUACAAGUUCCGCGUACGCGUCGAGAAUCUGUACGGUGUGAGCGAUCCGAGUCCGUACGUGCAGACCUACCGGCAGAAGCUGGAACCGGAACCACCGGUGUUCUACCCGUACCUCGGCCAGGGCCGUGACUUCCGCCCCGAUACUUCGUCGUUCUAUCCGCGCGAUUUCGAUGUGGAGCGUCCGAACCAUCGUCGGCAGGCGGUUGCGCCCGAGUUCCUGCGCCAGGAGCACCCGGUCCAGUACGGCACCAAGAACCACAACGUGAGCCUGUUCUGGUUCGUGUACGGCUACCCGAAGCCCACCAUGCAGUACUACUUCAACGAUCAGCUCAUCGAGGCGGGCGGCCGUUACAGCUUCAGCUACACCCGUAACGGCCAGGCCACGCUCUUCAUCAACCGGAUGACGGACCGUGAUGUGGGCGUGUACGAAGCGGUCGCCUCGAACGAGUACGGCUCCAUCCGGCAGCGUGUUUGCCUCGAGCUGGGCGAGUAUCCACGGUUCUUGCAGCGCCCGGAAGAGGUGUUCAUCAUGGGACGCCGCUCGGGACGCGUCGAAGCGAAGAUCACCGGCGUACCGUUCCCGGACAUCAAGUGGUACAAGGACUGGCAACCGAUCCACGAGUCAUCCCGCAUUAAGAUGAUCUUCUACGAACCGGACACGUGUGUUCUGUUGCUGACGGACGCGAUCAAGAAGGACGAGGGUCUGUACUCGAUCAGUGCCCGGAACGCGAUCGGUUCGAUCAGCUCCUCGGUGACGGUCCACGUGGAAGACACGGAGGAGGACUACGUGUACAAUGCGCACCAUCGCACGCCGUAUGUGCGGGCCCGCAACAAGGUGUAUCAGGACUUCUACGACAUUGGCGAUGAGAUUGGCCGGGGUACGCAGGGUAUCACGUACCACGCGACCGAUCGGCUGAAUGGGCGAAAUUUUGCCGCGAAGAUCAUGUACGGUAGUCCCGAUCUGCGUCCGUUCAUGUUCAACGAGGUCGACAUAAUGAACGUGCUGAACCACCGGAAGCUGAUUCGGUUGCACGAUGCGUACGAUAUCAACCGGUCGAUCACGUUGAUCCUGGAGCUGGCGUCGGGCGGAGAGCUGGUGCGGGACAAUUUGCUCAAGUACGACUACUACACGGAGCGGCAGAUCGCGAUCUACGUGUAUCAGGUGUUGCUCGGGCUCGAGCACAUGCACACGCGGGGUAUCGGCCACAUGGGCCUGACGAUCAAGGACCUACUGAUCGCGCACCCCGGCAGCGACAAUCUGAAGAUCUGUGACUUUGGCCUAGCGCGCCGCAUCGAGGAGGACAAGCUGUACACACUCGACUACGGAAUGCCAGAGUUUGUCGCCCCGGAGGUGAUCAACCGAUGCGGGGUCGGUCUCGGGCAGGACAUGUGGUGCAUCGGUAUCAUCACGUACAUUCUGCUCGGUGGCCACAGCCCGUUCCUGGGGCGCAACGAUCGUGAAACGCUGACGAAGAUCAAGGACGGCAAGUGGACGUUCGUCGGUUCGGUCUGGGAAUCGAUCUCGGCCGAGGCGCGCGACUUCGUGUCCCGGCUGCUGGUGUACGAGGAGAAGCACCGGAUGACGAUCCGGGACGCGCUGAACCACUCGUGGUUCGACCUGAUCUAUCGCCGUUCGUUCGACGAGUAUCAGAUCGGUACGGAUCGGUUGCGCAGCUACUACUACCACUACCGCGACUGGUACACGAACGCGUCCUGCCGCACGUGGUACCGGCGCCGACCGCUGAUGAGCUGCUUCGAUCACCCGUCGCGCAUGGUCUACCCGCCCGGCAUCAUCUUCACGCCCGAGGGCACGCCGCCCCCGAUGCAGGUGGACGAUAUUCCGCACAAGCGCAAGAAGUGGGAGGAGUACGUGUCGAAGGACAACCACCCGGACUACGAGACGGCCUCGUUCAAGUCGGAAAGCCACUACCAGUACGGGCCGGACACGUACCUGCUGCAGCUGCGCGACACCACCUUCCCGUGCCGGCUGCGCGAGUACAUGAAGAUCGCCAAGCACCGUUCGCCCAGCCUCGUGUCGGACUCGAACUACGACGGCAGCCUGCCGAUCAUUCGCGAGCGUCGUCGGUUCACCGACGUGAUGGAUGAGGAGAUCGACGAUGAGCGCCGUAGCCGCAUCAGUCGCUACGGAACGGACGACAGUGUGACCGGGGCGCGUCGACUGCGCACCGAAGUCGGCACACGGCUCGGAUCGUACGCCGAGGCGGAAGCGCUGAUCGAGUGCAAGCGCGAAGGCCAACCACCGUUCUUCCGCGAGAAACCGCAGACGAUUUCGAUCCGCGAAGGUGAACCGAACCAAAUCAUCUGCUACGCCGUCGGAGAUCCGAAACCGUCCGUCACCUGGUUCCGGAACGAUAUGGUCAUCACCGACACGAACCGCAUCAAGGUGCUGAGCGAUGUGGACGGCCGAUCGGUCAUCCAGUUCCAUCCGGCCACGCACAACGAUGUCGGUAUCUACAAGGCGGUGGCCAGCAAUCGGAUCGCCAAGACGGUGGCCCGCUGCCGGGUGGUGAUUGCGCUCAUUCCGGACGCCCCGGACUCGCCGGAUGCGGUCGCCGUGAGCGACACGGAGGUGCUGCUGCGCUGGAAGCAACCGCGCAGCGAUGGCAACUCGCAGGUGUUCUGCUACAGUCUGGAGAUCAAGGAGCACGGCAAGGUGGACUGGGUGGAUGUGGCCAGCAACAUCGAUCACGAGUUUUACCUCGUGCACGAUCUGCGCCCGAACGCGGGCUACCAGUUCCGACUGGCGGCGUACAAUCGCAUCGGAUGGAGCGAUCGUGGCAUCCCGACCAAGACGAUCACGACGCUGGACGCGGGUGCACCGAAGAUUCAGAUCACGCGCGCCAUGAAGCACCUCCAGCAGCUGACGGAAUCGGGUCAGCAGGUCGGCCCGGAGGAACGGUCCAGCCGGCUGGAUUACUCGUACGAAAAGAUACCGCUCAAGUGGAGCAUCGAGGGUAACUACAGCGAGAAGUACACGUUCAUGUCGGAGAUGGCCCGGGGUCGGUUCUCGAUCGUGGUGAAGGGCUUGGAGAAGGCCACCGACAAGAUCGUGGUGGCGAAGAUCUUCGAGCUGGGCGACGAGCGGGCGGCCGAGGCUGUGGAGCGGGAGUUUGAGAUGCUACGCACCCUGCGCCACGAGCGCAUCGCCACGCUGUUGGCCGCGUUCCGCCCGAAGAACACCUCGAUCGCUGCCCUCGUCAGCGAGAAGCUGCAGGGUGCGGACGUGCUGACGUACCUGAGCAGCCGCUCCGAGUACAGCGAGCAGAUUGUGGCCACCAUCAUCAACCAGGUGUUGGACGGGCUGCAGUACCUGCACUGGCGCGGCAUCGCCCACCUGGACCUGCAGCCGGACAACAUCGUGAUGGCCUCGGUACGCCAGGUGCAGGUGAAACUGGUCGACUUUGGAUCGGCCCAGUACGUCUCGAAGCUGGGCACCAACGUCACGCGCACGGGAUGGUUGGACUUUAUGCCACCGGAAGUCCUGAACGAUGAGGCUGCCCUCCCGCAGACCGACAUCUGGGCGGUCGGCUGUCUGACGUAUCUGUUCCUGUCCGCCACCAGUCCGUUCCGUGGGCAGGAUGAGUCUGAGACGCGCGCCAACAUUAGCUUCGUGCGCUACCGUUUCGAAGCCCUCUACAAGGAGGUUACCGCCGAGUCCACCCGGUUCCUGAUGCUGAUCUUCAAGCGUGCCCCGGGCAAACGUCCCACGGUUGAGGAGUGCUUCGACCACCGUUGGCUCGUACACACCGACUUCAUGACGAAGAAGCGCGAGAGAGCGAUCUUCCCUGGCAACCGUUUGAAGCAAUUCUCCGAAGAGUAUCACACGAUGAAAACGAACGAAGCCACCAAGUCGGAGACCAUCUCCAGCAUCGGUGGCCAAUCGCCUCGCCAGCUGCUGCGCUCGAACAGCAUCCAGGAGGAGCUGCUGACCACCUUCUAAUUCUGCUUCACACGUUUUUCCCGGGCCUCCGAUGCCUGCUUUCACUCCUUCGCUUUGGGAUUUACAUGCCAACAAAACCACGAUCAGUGCGCGCAACCCGCGCUUAGUUACCGGAAGAAUCGAAGAGAAUCGUUUUGUUCGUUUCUGUCGCGUCGUUGUUUCCGCGCUCUCCACACUUGGGUGUGUUGCUGGAAAAAGAAUCAAGAGCCGCUGCCCCCCCCCAACAAACGAGAACUUGAGAGCGAGCCGAGUGGAGAGAGACGCCAGAGAAAGUUUGAGGAAGAUGUAAAACCGAAAGAAGUGUAACGCAGUUCUUUCUACCACCCGUACCGUUUUUAUAUACACGCCCCAUUUGCCGGAGAAGUAUGUGAUAGCGAGCGGCGGCGGACCGGGGGAUCUUUUUUAUAUGACUUUUUUAACCGCAAAACACAACACAACCAGUUGAAACGACACAUCCCUAAGAAAAACCGGUCCGCCCGCUCCCUAGCGAAGAGGGUCAAGCGUUCAGAAUAAUGCGUGGUUAAGUGUCCCGUGCCCCGUGGACCGCGAACGCUCCGCUCCGCGAACGCGAUGCAGUCCAGCGGCCGCCGGUUCCGAGGCACGCGGAAGAGUGUAACUUAUUUAUUGUAGAUUAUAUAUUUACCUCUUACCUCUUAUUGCUAUUUGUUUAAACAAGAAUUCAUCUGCUUUUCGCCGUGCGCGCCACCGUUUCUGCUCGAUUGAAAAAUUGCCCUGCCUCGCGAUCCUGGCGCACGAUCGCGAUCGGGAGGAAUAAAAUUGUUUUUCUUUCACGUCUA